AUGUCGACCGCCGACCAGGGUUCGGCUUUCACUCCCGAAGAGCUUGCGUAUUGGAUGGAACACGAGAGUGACACGUUGGUCCCGAACAUCAUCAUCUGUGCAACAAUCACGGCCGUCUUCUCAACGCUGUUUGUGAUUCUUCGAUUUAUCGGCCGUUUUCUACAGCAUCGCACCUGGCGUCCCGCGCUGAAUGACUGGCUCGUGCUAGCAGCCUGGGUAUUCUUCAUAAUUUCUGAUGUUUGUUUUGCUAUGCUUACCCCGUACGGAGGUGGUCGCCAUGUGAUCUAUAUUACCAAUCCAUACAUGCUACAAGUUUUCAGCAUUCUUAGUGAGGGCUUCUACGGCCUUUCGAUGGGAUCGUUGAAGCUCAGCCUUCUCUCCCUAUACGCGGCGAUCUUUCCGCAGAAGAACUUCCGUUACCUGCUGUGGGGAGUGGCCGUGUUCAUCAUCGGCUGGAGCCUUACCACCUUCUUUGGAUCAAUAUUGCAAUGCGUCCCUGUGGAGAAAGCCUACAUUGCCUCGCUCUCUGGCUACUGCAUCUCCUAUCCGAAGCUUUCCUUGACCAUCACAGUCUGCAACGUGAUCACUGAUUUCGUCAUCAUCCUGUUACCGAUACCGCUCGUCUUGAAGCUGAACACCACCCAGAAGAAGAAACUUGCCAUUAUUGCCACCUUUACCGCAGGUUGCAGCGCCGUCCUUGUAUCUAUCGUGCGCCUUGUAUAUGCCCUACACGUAGGCUCAGUUGACGGAUCUUGGACUGCCAUUCCCGCGGGAUACACAUCCUGCGUCGAGCUAACCCUCGGGUUCCUGGUCGUCUCCAUUCCGGCAUAUCGCCCCCUCAUCAUGAAGCAGAUUCGGCUCAGCAACGGCUCAACAGUCUGGUCCUGGCGGGCGAGCCGCAGACGUGGCCUCUUGGAAUCCUCCAAGUACCCCUACGGUAGUGACGGAUACAACGCCAGCGGCCGCAAGGGAAGUGCUCCGAGCGGUCCACAAACAGACAUUAGUACAAUGGAGCUAAAUAGCAUGAGAGACAAGCGGAGCAACAGCCACGACCACGGCAGGGGUUACACCACUGUGGUGGUAGCGAGCGAGCAGAACAUCCCAAGGCUGCCGAGUUCUGGGAUCCAUGUCACAGACCAAGUUGAGCAGACAAAAAUGGCUAGAAACAACUCGUCUUGGCUCCGUAUUGGAGAUGAGGAACUAGGUAUGCCGGGCAGGAGGGCUUAG